CGUGAAUUCACACACGUCAACCGCAGCUGCAGCCGUCGAAUCCAAAGCGAAGCUAUCCCAAAGAAUCGAGGCCGGAGCGCACACCGAGCACCGUUAGGCUUGACCGAGACCGUAGGAGCCAGUCUUGUCAUGGGGCUGAGGCAAUAGCGUGCCACCAGCCCAAAAUGCCCCCAUUGAAGCUAUCCCCCCUCCUCUCAAGCCUCUCGCGAAGCCUCCGAGCCACGACAACACCCAUACCAACCGCCACCGCCGCCGCCGCCACCACCACCACCACCCCAAACUCGAUCCACAUGCAGUCCCGAUGGGCGCACUCGACUAACAAGGGCGCCGCGGCGCCGCCCAUCCCGGCGCCGAUCCCGCUGGUGCCCGACGUGGCGACGUUCCUCAAGGUGAUCGGGCGCGGGCUGUCCCAGCACGCAUCCAAGAUCACGACGUGGGAGGCCCUCUUCACCCUGACGUCGGACCAGCUGCGCGAGCUGGGCGUCGAGCCGGCCCGGACGCGCCGGUACCUGAUCGAGUGGCGCCAGCGGUACCGCGAGGGCCGCUUCGGCGUCGGCGGCGACCUGCGCUUCGUGCGCGACGGCGCCGCCGACUUCAAGGUCCUCGACGUGGCCGAGCCGCGCCACGGCCUCGUGCGGGAGCGCGUCGUCGUCAACGUCCCCGCCGGGACGCCCGCCGGCGUGGACGCGGCCGACCUCCCCGCCGGCCACCGCGCGCCCGCCAGGGGGUUCAAGCCCGUCGGCGUCCGGGGCGUCUCGGGCCCCUACGUCCUGCCGCUCAAGGGCCGCGGGGCGGGCGCCCAGCUGACGGUGACCGAGGGCAUGUGGGAGAACAAGGUGGGCCGCAAGAUCGACGGCGGCGAGAGGCGGCGCGACGAGAUCAGGUUCAAGAGGCGCGUCGUCGAGCGCAGGGCCGCGAGGGAGGCUGGCGGCGUCUACUAGCAGGCAUGAAUGUGUGAGAGAGAGGGAACACAUGGUCGGCCGCUUCCCGCGAAUCACGCUGUAUAUCACCAACUCGUUAAAAGCCGUACAAAAUACCCGCCCGUCUUGAACGAAUCACUAGUGCAGUUCAAUGUGCCCAAUACAACGUAAAGCACUGUGGAGAAAAAUAUACAACCGUUGGAGCACCUCAGCGGGUUCUCCAUCAAAUAAAAUACACGAGGCAACAUGGGGCCUAGCUCCGUGUGCCAUAUCAAGGACUACAAUCUGGAUUUUGACUCCUGCUUCAAAACCAAGCCGCCACCCUG